CUGUGGGAGUGACGGACGGAAGUGGGGAGGUGGUCUGGAACUCGAGCCUCUUUCUCCUUGGGCCGAAACCGGCGCCCUGGGAUCGCGACCUUCUUCUCCCUCUGUCCUCACCUUUCCCUCCAUUUUCGCGCGCAGGCGAAGCUGUUGUUAGUAGAGGGGUCGUGAUAAAUAGUUCUCGAGUAAAAGUGCUUCCACGUUUGCUGAUGAUGUGGCUCCAAAGUCAGACUCUUGGGGGACUCAGCCUGGCAUUCAGCGUCGGGUAUCGGUUGUAUAACAGCGCUGCCCUAGUUAUCUCUUUGUGAGGCGAGGAUCCUUCCACUGACGAGCCGUUUUAAGGUGUCGUAGAAAUUUAAGGUGUGAAGAAAUUUAUUGGCACAGCCCAAUCUGAAGACCCCACCGAAGGGAGGCGUGUUGCUGCCCUGAAAUCAGCUACUCUUAAAAUAGGGAUCUCCGCCCCUUUUCUGUGUUACCCGGGUGGGGCUAGUUGAAGAUAAAUCCUCCUGUACUUGUUAUUUGAACUAGCUAAAUUCAGAGCAGAAACAGUCAUCGAUAAAUACCAUGCUAUCUUUUAAGGGCACCGUGCGCCCGUGUUAUUGAGAGGAGCUCUUUGUUCUGCCUUUGAUGUGUGGUGCAUUCAUGAAAGUCUUCAGCACAUCCGCGGAAGGUGGGUUAUGAAAGGAACAGAUUUUAACGCCGGAGAAGGUAGGCUAGAGAGGUUUUAGUUUUUGUUUUUUCAUUCCAUAACAUCUAAUAUACCGAUAAGCAUAGAAAAUCCACUUGGUUGCUUUUUGAUUCCAUAAGCGUUACUUAUAGAAAAUACAUAGUUAAGGAGAUUUACGGGAAUUUCUUAGUUUUGUGACUGUGGUCCUGUUUGUUUUCCAAUAAGACAAAAGCAGGAUGUGUGUAUGAGUCACCGCAAAACCUAGUUUGCUUAUCUAGUGGUUCUCAUAGAAACAUGGACAACAGUAGAGGAAUUUAAGAUUUUUAUAAAGAUACUAACUUCUGGUUUCUUAAAGCAAACUGACUGCCCGAGCCUUGUCUUUGUUCCUGGCACAGUGGGUGUACAGUGCCUGGUGCAUAGCAGGAGUGCAGUAGAUAGCGAAAACUUUGUGUGAUGUGAUUCUCAUGGUCCAGGAAAGAAAGAUACCUGCUCAUCGUGUUGUCCUUGCUGCAGCCAGUCAUUUUUUUAACUUAAUGUUCACAACUAACAUGCUUGAAUCAAAGUCCUUUGAAGUGGAACUCAAAGAUGCUGAACCUGACAUUAUUGAACAACUUGUGGAGUUUGCUUAUACUGCUAGGAUUUCUGUGAAUAGCAACAAUGUGCAAUCUUUGUUAGAUGCAGCAAACCAGUACCAAAUUGAACCCGUGAAGAAAAUGUGUGUUGAUUUUUUGAAAGAACAAGUGGAUGCUUCAAAUUGUCUUGGUAUAAGUGUUCUAGCAGAGUGUCUAGACUGUCCUGAAUUGAAAGCAACUGCAGAUGACUUUAUUCAUCAGCAUUUUACUGAAGUUUACAAAACUGAUGAGUUUCUACAACUUGAUGUUAAGCGAGUAACACACCUCCUCAACCAGGAUACUCUGACUGUGAGAGCAGAGGAUCAGGUUUAUGAUGCUGCAGUCAGGUGGUUGAAAUAUGAUGAACCUAAUCGCCAGCCGUUUAUGGUUGAUAUCCUUGCUAAAGUCAGGUUUCCUCUUAUAUCAAAGAAUUUCUUAAGUAAAACGGUACAAGCUGAACCACUUAUUCAAGACAAUCCUGAAUGCCUUAAGAUGGUGAUAAGUGGAAUGAGGUAUCAUCUACUGUCUCCAGAGGAUCGAGAAGAAUUGGUAGAAGGAACAAGACCUAGAAGAAAGAAACAUGACUAUCGUAUAGCCCUAUUUGGAGGUUCCCAACCACAGUCUUGUAGAUAUUUUAACCCAAAGGAUUAUAGCUGGACAGACAUCCGCUGCCCCUUUGAAAAACGAAGAGAUGCAGCAUGCGUGUUCUGGGACAAUGUAGUGUACAUUUUAGGUGGUUCUCAGCUUUUCCCAAUAAAACGAAUGGACUGCUAUAAUGUAGUGAAGGAUAGCUGGUAUUCCAAACUGGGCCCUCCAACACCUCGAGAUAGCCUUGCUGCUUGUGCCGCAGAAGGCAAAAUUUAUACAUCUGGAGGUUCAGAAGUAGGAAACUCCGCUCUGUAUUUAUUUGAAUGCUAUGAUACAAGAACUGAGAGCUGGCACACGAAGCCCAGCAUGCUGACUCAGCGCUGCAGCCACGGGAUGGUGGAAGCCAAUGGCCUGAUCUAUGUUUGUGGUGGAAGUUUAGGGAACAAUGUUUCAGGGAGAGUGCUGAAUUCCUGUGAAGUUUAUGAUCCCGCCACAGAAACGUGGACUGAACUGUGUCCAAUGAUUGAGGCCAGGAAGAAUCAUGGACUGGUAUUUGUAAAGGACAAGAUAUUUGCUGUGGGAGGUCAGAAUGGUUUAGGUGGUCUGGACAAUGUGGAGUAUUACGAUAUUAAAUUAAAUGAAUGGAAGAUGGUCUCACCAAUGCCCUGGAAGGGUGUAACAGUGAAAUGUGCAGCAGUUGGCUCUAUAGUUUAUGUCUUGGCUGGUUUUCAAGGUGUAGGCCGUUUAGGACACAUCCUUGAAUAUAAUACUGAAACAGACAAAUGGGUCGCCAACUCCAAAGUCCGUGCUUUUCCAGUAACAAGUUGUUUAAUUUGUGUUGUUGAUACUUGUGGAGCAAACGAAGAGACCCUUGAAACAUGAAAAAUGAAUGGACUUCAAGACUCAUCAAAGAUUCAAAAAUGUGGCCGCCAGUGCUUUGUUUCAAGAUUUUGGUUACAAGGUUUUGGUUUGCAGUUUUGUUUUUUUAAAGAAAGUUUUAAGUAAAAUAAGAUCCCUGUAAAAUAAAUAUUUCUUUUAUAUGGUUUCCUUACUUGAAUAGAAGACCCUUUUUUAGCUGGCCACAUAGCCAGGAACAUAUCUAGCAAGAGAACUUGAAAAAUUAUCAGCAUUUGGUGAAAAUAUGAAUUCUUGAAUGAGUUUCAUGUUUGUAACUAUGAUUAUGGCAGAUUAGGGGAUUGGCUCAUCAGUGAAGCAGCCUCAUCUUAGCUCUUGAUUCUAUUUUCAUACAUCAUAGAAGUGCUAUGUAGUUUGGUCUGUUGUUUCUGUUCAGUCAAGAACUAAGGAAUAGUAUAAAUUGCAAGUCAAGACAGGCAACUCUAGUGGAGCAGCUUAUUAGUCUCACAUAAUCUUGCUUGUCUUCAGAUGCUUCAUUUAGUGCCAAAUGUAUUUCAUUUAAAAGUAAGCCCAGAGGGUGUUAAGGCACACACACACAUACACACACACUCAGAAAACUUCAUAAACAGAUUCUUGGAAUUAAAAAUGUACCCAACUUCUCAUGAAAUAUAUUCAGUCUAAUUAAAUAUAUACUUUCUUUUUAACACAAACUGUCCAGUUCAGCACUCAUCAUUAAUUUAUUUCACUUUUACCCAGUGGUUAAAAAAGGAUUCUGCUUCUUCAGUCCUUACUGUUAAAUAAAAUCAAAUCCUGAUAAGAAUUAAUAACUAGCAAAAGAUAAAGCUAUUUACAAUAAAUUUCUAGAUCACUACAGUAGCACUGAGAGUUGUACCAUAAUAUCAGUGUUGGCUUUGAGCUUGUUAAGGAUUAAAAAGAUAUAUGAUUUUUUUUCCUUAGCAGGACACAUCAAAUAUAUAUAUUCAACCCAGUGAUCUCUAAAAGUUUUGUAGAAAUUACAGUUAUAAAUAUGUGGUCAGUGUAUCUUUUACAAACCCAACUACUCGUGUCUUUUUUAGUAAUGUUUUGCCCUUUACACUGUGUAUGGAAUGAGCCAUGUAAAGCUGUCACCGUCAUUAUUUUUAAUCUGAUAAUAUUAAAUAUUUUGUAACUUAAAA